GUCCCAACUUGGAUGACCUUUUCGGAAGACAGUCUGGUACUACAUCUGGUUACUCUUACUCAGCUGCCAACGAGAACAAGUCCGUGAACUGGGAAGAGCCUACACUUGAUGACUACUUGCUUAAUCAUAAGAAGGAUUCUAUAGCCACAGGGGAUCCGAUGGCCGAUUUCUCAGAUUCCUCCUCAGUUGAUUCGGAUUCCUCUGGGGUUACUAAUAAGAGAAAAUAUGCCAAGGAUGAGGAUGAGGAUGAGGAUGAGCCGGAAUCCCUUGAUGUCCCCUUCUACUUCCAACCUCUGAACCCCCAUGCCUUUGAUGUAUUUUACAAGACACGCGGCAUGGAUGUAUUGUCUGCUAAAGUAUUCAAAGGUCAGCUUAAGGAGAUGGUGUUGGAGAUCCGAGAACGUCUCGACGGUGUAUUAAAUGGUGAUGUGGACGUGCAGGCUUUUGAAGCAAAAGUACAAGAACUUUUCAGCAGACCGGAUUUCUUAGAGGAGGUUGAUGAGUCUACCCAGGAGCGUCGAUCUUUGGUUGUGCCUUUAGAAGAAUAUUCCAGAACAAAAGACGCCAAGGAUCGAAUGCGUGAUGUUAAGCAGGAUCCAUCCUUCGAGGCUUUUUUGGGAUGGACGGAACCCCUUGAUGUUAUAAG